CCUAAUCAAUGCAAGCAUACUAGUCACUACUCUCUUAAACUUCAUCAAGCUUAAUUCAUAAACCCACCUCCAAUUAUACAUGGCUUCCAACCAAACAACGUCAUCACCAUCUUCUUCAGCUCCUCCUAUGAGGAAAUUUGAUGUGUUCCUUAGCUUUAGAGGCGAGGAUACUCGCAGAGGCUUUACUGGUCAUUUGUAUGCUGCUUUGACUCAAAGACAUAUUUACACAUUUAUGGAUAAUGAAGAGCUUCAGAAGGGAAAAACUAUUGCACCAGAACUUCUCAAGGCCAUUGAAGAAUCAUUGAUUGCAGUUGUCAUUAUAUCAACAAACUAUGCCUCUUCAACAUGGUGUUUAGAUGAGCUUUUGAAGAUUUCUGAGUGUCAUAAUAAGAAAUUGAACAAUGGACAGACACAGACAGUUUUUCCUAUAUUCUAUCAAGUGGAUCCAUCAGAGGUCAGAAAGCAAACUGGAGUUUUUGGAGAAGCCUUUGUCAAACAUGAGCAACACCAUGUAGGGAAGGUGAAAAUGUGGAGAGAUGCCUUAACUCAAGUAGCCAAUAUCGCUGGAUGGGAUUUGAGACUCAGGCCUGAGCAUGAAGUUAUUAAUGAGAUAGUUGAAAAGAUUUUAAGUAUAUUAAAACGCACAUCAACAAGUGUUAACAACAGGAACUUAAUUGGAAUGGAUUCUAGAAUUGACAAAAUGAUUUCAUACUUGGAAUUAGGGAGAUCAAAUGAUGUUCUCACAUUAGGAAUAUGGGGGAUGGGCGGUAUUGGAAAGACUACUCUUGCACAGGAAAUAAUGAGUAAGAUCAAAGGCCAUUUUGAAAGUAGUUGCUUUGUUAGAAAUGUUAGGGAGGAAUCUGAAAAGCAUAAUGGUCUGUAUCAAUUACAAAAAGAUUUAUAUAAUUGCUUGUUGGGAUAUAGUUGUGAUGAUUUUAGUAGUGUGGGAGAUAGAUUGCGCUAUAAGAAAGUGCUUAUCAUUCUAGAUGAUGUUGAUCAACUAAAACAAAUAGAAACCUUGGUGAGAAACUGUGAUGAGCAGCAUGAAUGGUUUGGUCCAGGGAGCAGAAUCAUUGUAACAACUAGAAAUGCACACUUGUUAAAGAGAUUUGGAGAGAAUAACAUCUAUGAAGUUGAUAAGUUAGAUGAAGAAGAAGCUCUUCAACUCUUUUCUAGGAAAGCCUUUCGUAUGGACCACCCUACAGAUGGUUAUAAAGACAAGACCAACGAGGUUGUGAAAUAUGCCAAUGGUCUUCCUUUGGCUCUUGAAGUGUUGGGUUCUUUCUUGUAUGGGAGAAAUAUAGAUGCGUGGUCAAGCACGUUGGAGAGACUAAAGCAGCAUCCUAACGAAGACAUUGUUGGUCCACUUCAAGUAAGUUUUGAUGGUUUAAAACGUACAGAGAAGGCAAUGUUUCUGGACAUCGCAUGUUUCUUUAAGGGAGAGGGAAAAUGUCGUUUGAUAAAGAUACUUGGAACUUGUGACUAUUCUCCCCUCAUCGAUAUAGAGGUCCUGGUUGAAAAAUCUUUGGUAACUGUUGUAGGAGAUAAAUUGUGGAUGCAUGAUUUGCUACAGGAGUUGGGUUGGGAUAUUGUUCGUCAAGAAUCUCCUCAACAGCCUGGAAACCGCAGCAGGUUGUGGCUUCAACAAGAUAUUUUUAAUGUAUUUGGAGAGAAAAAGGGAACACAAGCUGUGGAAGGCAUAUUUUUAUGCAUGCCUAAAACAGAUCAAGUGUUGUACUUGAAUUCUGAUCCUUUCUCCAAGAUGUGUUAUAUGAGAUUGUUGAAGAUGUGUAAUGUGAACUUUUCUGGAUGUAUUAUUGGCUCUUUUCCUAAGGAGUUACGGCUUCUGGAAUGGCAUGGAUAUCCUUUAAAAUCUUUGCCAUCAAGUUUCCAACCUCAUAAACUUGUUGAACUCAACUUGUCUAACAGUUGUAUUGAAAAGAUAUCAUGGAGGGAGAACGUGGUAUCAGAAAGCUUAAUGUUGAUCAAUCUUAGCAAUUGCACGUACUUGACCAAGACCCCAAACUUCAAUACAACCCCAAAUCUUGAAAGAUUAAUUCUUAGAGGUUGUAAAAGGCUAUCAGUGAUUCACCCAUCCAUUGGAGUUCUCGAGAGACUUGUUUUACUGAAUUUGAAAGAUUGUGAAUCUCUUAAGAUACUCGUCAAGGAGAUGAGCUUGGGAUCUCUUAAAACUUUAAUUCUUUCAGGAUGUUCAAAGCUCAACAAGUUUCCAGAGAUUGUGGGAAACAUGAAGGAGUUAACCCAACUUUAUUUGGAUGGGACUGCUAUAAUUGAGCUGCUAGAUUCCAUCAAGUCCUUGAGUGGUCUUACUUUGUUGAAUCUAAAAGAUUGUAAAAACCUUCGUAGUCUUCCAAAUAUCAUUUGUAGUUUGACUGCUCUUACAACUCUUAACAUCUCAGGCUGCUCAUGUCUUGAUUACUUCCCAGAGGACCUUGGAAAUUUGGAAUGUUUGGAAGAACUUGAUGCAAGUGAAACUGCCAUAAGAGAAGUACCUUCCUCAGUUACACAGUUGAAGAACCUCAAGCAGUUAUCUUUCCGCGGAUGCAGUGGCAUGCCUCAUAAGUCAUGCCUAUUGUUCUUUUGUAGUUGUUUGUUUGCGACAGAAGGCUUUGAAUCCGUCAGCUUGAUGUUGCCUAACUCUUUCUUGGGUCUACUCUCUUUGAAAUCAUUAGAUUUAAGUAAAUGCAACCUACAAGAAGCAGCUAUACCUGAUGAUUUUUGGCAUAUGAGCUCACUGGAGCAGCUUGAUUUGAGUGAGAACAACUUUCGGAGCUUACCAAAUACCAUGUUUGAACUUUCUGAGCUGAGGGAACUUAGCUUGAAUGGUUGUAACAAGCUUCAGUCACUGCCAAUAAUUCCCUUGAGUGUCAAAUAUGUGAAUGCUCGUGAUUGUGCUGAGCUGACAGAUGAAAGUAUAAUUUGGACAACACCUAAGGGAUUUUGUUUUAUAGAUUGUCAAAAAUCUAAUGUGGGUACAGAACGCAAAGAAUACAAGUUUCCAGUAUCAAUGGAACAUUUUUACCCCCUACUUCAUGCAUCAUGUGAGGAUGAUAUUUAUCGAGGAAAAGCAUUUGGAUUUGUUUCUUCGCGUACUACAAUUCCUGAUUGGUGCAGCUACUCAAGUACUGGCUCUUCUGUUACAGUUCAACUACCUCCAGAUUUGGAUCAUAACAAUACAUGGAUGGGACUUUAUAUAUAUAUUAUUUACGAAGUGCAGAAACAGGAAAAUACUGAUACAAGAAUACAAUAUAUAUGUCAUUUUACCACAGAUGAAGAUCGAUUGGAAAUUUCCCUUGGUAAUUUUGAUGUCAAAGAACACAAUAGUGUAGGUUCACGUGGAGUUUGCAAGUAUUUACCACGAGAAUCGUUUGCUGGGCUCUUGGAUAAAGCAAGUCGAGUUGAAGCUUCAAUAUACUUGAAUAGUCCCUACGUUAGUGUGAAAAUGUGUGGGGCGCAUAUAAUUUAUAAGCAAAAUGUGGCAAAGUUUGUUAGAGACUUGUAUCCAGUUCCUAAUAAUGUCCAAAAUUAUGUCACCCAUUGUCAAGAAAUAGUAGAUGAUGUAACGAAAACUACCCCUGUGUGUGAGGUGAAAUCUAUGACAAGGGAACGAACAAUGAUUGACAUGAUUCAAUCUGCUAUUAAGCAAGAACUUAAAGGAAGUACUUUGGGGGAGCCAUCAAAUGAAGCAGAACAAGAAUUGACUUCACCAAAUCGGUUCUUGCUUCACGUUCAUGAUUCAACAAAAUCAUUUGGAGAAGAAGGCCGCAAAAGUAUCUCCACCACGGCACUGAGAAUGAAGCUUCAAUCAUUGCUUUCAAAACUUUUUCAGAAAAGCAAUGCAGGUAACUUUGAUUUCGGAUGCAUUUUUCCUCUCAAAGCUAUUUUGCCUUGGUUUGCCUAUCAAUGUGUGGGACGCCAAAUAUUUUGUUGUCUUUCUCCAAACUUAUUGGAGGACAAGAAAUGGUUAGGAUUUGCUCUCUAUGUCAUGUUUCGUAGCCGCCCACCUUUUUCGAUUAACAAUUUGGACUCAGAAUCUUCUGCUUCCCUUGUUGCUCAUUUACAUAUCGAACCAAGUGGCAUGCUACACACAGCCCGAUUUUCUCUCGGAAAAGACUGUUUGGUUGGCUCAGAACAUCGUCUUGUUGUAUUCAAUGUACCGCGUGUCCAUUUUCCACAAAUGUUGAAUCAGUGUGGGUAUAUUAGUGCUUUGUUUGCAACUUCCAUCUCAGAUCAUUUGGAGAUUGAAAUCUGUGGGAUUCGUAAAGUAUACGAGAAUGACAUGGAAGAUUUUAUCCAAACAAUAAUUGAGUGCACCAUAGAGAGUCCAGAGAUACACCAUGAGCAUUAUUGUAAAACAUUUGCAAAGAUGGAGAAGAAGAUUUUUGAUGAAGCUGAUAUUCCUAGUGAAGAAAAGGCCUUUGAUUUGGGUUAUAUUUGUUCCACUUUACCAAGGGAGGGCAAAGUUUUGCAUCGACAAGUACAAGAAGUGGAUAAUAUUUCAACUAUCAGUAGUAGUCAAUCACAGUUACCAACUGAGAAUGAGAAUGACAUUAUUAAUCAAUAUUUUUUUCGAAAAUAUUAUCAGAGCUUUGACCAAAUGUUGAGGUAUAAUGCUUGCUUUCCUCCAAGUGAAAUUCCAAAGUUGUUCAGCCAUCAAAACAAUGAUCACUCAAUUGAAAUCCAACUACCCAAAGAGAGCAAUUGGGUUGGAGUUGCAUUGUGGGCAUAUUUCUCAGUUGAAGAGUCUUUAAUUGGCAAGGUUAAUGAGAAUCAAGAGGCAGAUAAUUCCCACUUCCUUAAUUGUUAUUUGGAAACUAAUGAAGGCUUUCUAGAACCUCUUCACUCUUACCAAACCACAAAUGAAGAAAUGAAGUGGGUACCUCGUCUAGGAGGAUUCAUUUGGUUAUCUUAUAUACCACGUGGAUCAUUGUCAGAUCUGCUUAUCAGCUUCAUUGAAGCUUCAUUUGUAAGCGAAAACUCUGACUUGUUGGUGAAGAAGUGUGGAAUCCGUCUGGUGUAUGAUCAACAAGAAUUUGAGCAAAUGAUACUCCAUUCCCUGGAUUGUGAUCUAAUGCAAGAAAGUCUUGUAGACAACAACUCUGUUUUAGACGUAAGCUCCAAUCAAGUCACCUCAACAGGCUCAAAUUCAGAACCUAGUUACAUUCUUCUAAACAUAGAGGCUCAGACUCCAGUCAUGGAAAGUAAUUCAAUAGAAGAGUGGAUAAAAGAGUUGGAGAGUUUUCUUAACAAGUACUUAAAUCUUUCUCUGAUAAUAAUGCUAAGUAUUGCAGGGCAUUCAAUUUCAUACGUACCGAGCUUUAAUCCUUACUUUGGAUUUAACUUUUGUUUCCCUCGAAACAAAGUUUUAGAUUGGUUCAAUUAUCAGACUGAUAAGCCCAAACUGAGAUUCCAAAUACCACAAAAUCUAUAUGAUGAUGAAAACUGGAGAGGAUUUGUGAUAUGCGCCGCAUUUACUGUUCAUGAGCAUCCUGCUGCUGCUGUACUUGAUUCAGAAUCUGAAAAGGAUGUCCAUCUUAUGUGUGAUUUCAACUUGGGCCAAAACAUAUGUCUAAAGCCUGCUCCCAUUAUCCGCACCAAAAAAGAAAUUUUCAAGUGGUUAAUUCUUCGUGGCUUCAUUUGGUUAGCCUAUAUCCCCCACAGUGCAUUUACAGAAUCUUUGAAUGAAGUAAGCUAUGUCGAGGCUAAAAUGCAUAGCUUCGAUAGCCCCGGCUUGGUGGUUGAGAGGUGUGGUAUGCGUCUUCUGUACCAACAUGAUGUGAAAGAGUUUAAACAAGAAAUUGUCAAGUGUGUGACUUCCUUCUUUGAUGAUUUAGGCCCCAUAUUCCUAUUUUUGAGUGAUAAAAAAACGAAGAAAUCUCCUGAUUUUGACAGCAUUGUUCCUUGGAACCAAAGAACUGAUAUUGAGCUAUUAGUAAUAGACUUUCAUCGAAAUACCAUAUUUAACUCAUGUUUCACUUCAACUGAAAUUCUUGAGUGGUUCAGGAAUUAUAAAAUAGGCCCUUCAGUCAAACUUGAGCUGCCUACUACUCUGUUAUUCGAUGACAAUUGGAUAGGAUUAGCAUUAUGUGCGUACUUUUCAGAUCUUGAUCCUCAGCAACCAAAUGCCUGCAUGGACAAUUUGAAUACAGGAGAAUUUUCUCACCAUCUUAUUUGUCACUUGCAAACUGAGACAGUCAACCUGGAACAUCCACAUGUCUACCAAACAACCAACGAAGAAUUCAGAUAUUUAGACCACGAAGGCCGAUUCAUUUGGCUUUCUUACAUACCAAGAGAGUGGUUUUCGGAUGAGCAGCUAAAUGAUUGCAGUGUCAUAGAGGCUUCCUUUGUGAGUGACAGUACAAGAAGAUUGCAUGUGGAAAAGUGUGGCCUUCGCCUUUUAUUUCAGCAUGAUGAAGAUGAGUUUAAGAAAACAAUUGCUCACUGUAUGAAGUCAUCGUCACAAAAUGAGGAUCUUGUUUGCUCACUGCCUCGCAGUGGUUGUGAGGCAGGUCCUAGCAAAGGCAGCUGCAGCACUACUAAGGUGGAUCCUCACCCAGAAAGAUCAGAAAGACUUAAUCCUACAACCGUUAAAGGUAAGGAGAAACUCAUUUUCGAAUAAAACUUCAGCCAAUUGUAGGUGAUGUCACAGAUCUCUAGUUCUUGAUCAACCUCGGGUUGUCAUUCCGUUUUGUAUGUCUUCUCUCUCUCUUCCUUGUUUGAUAAAAAUGUAUUGUUUUUAACAUUCUUGGUUAAGAAGUAGAUACCCCUGAGAUUAUCUACAAUUGGCUGGAUGAGGUCAAGUUAUUUUGUAUCUGAUCUUUUUGUAAGGAUAUGGCUUGUAUUUUCUUUCAUUACAUUACAAGACAAAAUUUAUUAAGUGUUUAACUGUAAUUACAUACUUUCCGUAUCUUUUGACGGUUCUUGAACAAGAACUGUAGAGAUGCUUUAGACUUUGUCUAGUGGGAAACAAAUAAAGGUAUAUAUGAUCGAGAUACUGCUUCAAUUUCA